UAAUUUAUCGCGCGUGCAAUUACUUUUCGUUCGAUACAUAUACAUGUUUAUAUGUCUCUCGCGCGCGCGUCCACACACAAAAAGAAUAACAACCCAAAAGAUUAAAAAGAAUAAACGUAAAAAAACACACAGUCAUCUCAAUUUAUGUGAUUUUACCACCGAAUUCCUAUUGUUGCACUCGAUUUCCACUAUCGUUCAUUUCGGUUUUUCGAUUCAUUUCCCUCGGCGUAAGUGAGCGUGUGUGUUCACAGUUUAUCGUCUUGACGAAUCAGUUCAUUGUGACUAUCGGUUUGGUUCAGUUUUUAUUUGACUCGUAGACGUUAUCGACAUUUUCAGUUUAGUGUGUGCAACAUCACAAAAAAUUUACAAUUCUCAUUUUAGUGCAAGUGCAAACGCCGUUUAAUUGUUUUUUCUAUCAAGUUCAUGGAAAUAUUAUGGAUUUUUUUGGAUUUCAACAAUAAGUUUUGUAACCGAAAUGUUAUUCAAAAAUUUAAAAUCACGUGAUCUGUGCGCUGAGUGAAUGGCGAAACAAUCGUCCUAAAAAAUGGAAAGGAGAUUCAAAUUUUCAAUGGAUUUUCAACUCAUCUCAAUGAAAAGUGUAUCAGUUUCAUUUGAAAAGACCUAAAAGGAUUACGGAAACACCGAUGGUCCGAUUGUUUAUUCGACGAUGCCAAAGUUCCUAAGUAAAACAUAAAAUAAAUGCAAAUAACAAAAAUAUGAUUACAAUCUUGAAAGCUGUUUGUUCAUAAAAGUGACGCAAACAGUUUGUAGCACGCAUGUGAUCCAGCAAGUGUGAUUGCAAUGCGGCUAUAAUGUAACCGAUGUUCCUAUUCAAAUGUGCUUUUGUCAUUUUUUCCAUUUUCAAAAAAAUGAAACUUUCUUCGUGUAAAAAAAGUAUUUAUUACAACAACAAAAUUUAUUAAAGUAGAGUAAUAUUGUAAAUGGUGUGCAACAUGGUACACAAGUAGAAAAAGAUAGAAAAAGAGAGAUAAAAAGAUUCAUAUUUUAUGAUAUAUCCAAAGUUUGUAUUUAAACAACACUGAAAAAUAACACUUAAAAUGGUGCCAAAAAUUAAAAUGAUUACAAAACGAUGCAAUCAUUCGAAUAAAAUGUGAUAUUUAUCGAAAAAAAAGUAUUUUGUUCAUCACCCAUCAAUUGAAAUCUCUCGUGAAUUUCAAAGGGGGAUAGAGAAACAGAGAGGAAGAAUUAAAAAAAAAACCAAACGGAGAUAAAAUCAAGCCGAUAAUAUGUGCCAAUCUGUUUUUCCGAAUUCGAUUUUAUCAUAAAAAAAUAGUAAAUUCGUUGUGAAUUGCGUGCAGAGGGAAAUUUUUUUUAACGAUUUUACGAUACAUAUAUGUCGACGUUACUGGGCAAAGAGAAUCCCAAUCAUUCGUCGAGUGCAUUUAUCGAUAACGUCGUCAGUGGCAAUAGCAAUGCUAGCUCGGCAGCUUCAUCGCCCGACGAUUUUGAUGAUGAUUCAGCGGGAAAUUCAACCACCCCAACAACAGCAACAACACCGGCAUUUAAAGCAAAUUCAAUUGCGGCAGCGGCCACAGCAACGAGCAGCAUUUUAACGAAUUUGUCUCGUUUGAAUGCUCAUCACUUGAGCGCUGCAGCAGCGGCUUCAUCAAAUGGCAACUAUCGCAAAGAUAUGGGCGGUUUUUCAAUACCACAUCAUGGUUUGUCGGCCGCUUUUUACGGUUAUCAUUCGCAUGCAAGUCAAAUGUCCAACGAAUGUUUGCCGACAACAACUGUAACGAGUGGUGGCAUUUCACCAGCGCCACAUCAUGGACACCAUCAUCAUCAUCAUCACCAUCAUCAUCAUCCACACUAUUCGCCAAAUACAACAAGUAGCAAUAGUACCGUUAGCCAACAAGGAAAUACCUCAACGACAGCUAACUCAAGCAACAAUAGUUCAUUUAAUUCAAGCAAAUCGUCACCGUUUCUUUUGCCUGCUCAGUUGUAUAAAAGUUUAUUUGCCAAUGCUGUACUACAUAGUCCGGAUAAAAUGUGUUCACAUCCAUUUCCGCGCAAUUUAUUAUUUUCAUAUUCAGACAAAUCGCCAAAUUCUCCAGACUUUGACCACGAUGAAAAACCCUCGAUUACCACUGAGAAGUCAGCAACCCCGUCAUUCCCUUGGAGUGCAUCGGAGAAUAACUUGAACGGUCUCAAUAAUAAUAACACUGAGACAAACAAUAAUAACAGUUCGGUAAACAGUGGAAAUAACCAUAUAACAAGUCCACAACCGCACAACGGUAAUAAUUCAACGCAAAUCGGAAGCGACGACAAUUCAACGUCAAUAGUGACGACAUCAGUAUCAUCAACAGUGAAUCCAUUAAUCAGCACAAUGCCUGUUGGAGGUGUACAGUCGCAGAAUCCAACGCAAGGUCUUGUCCAUUGGAUGAGCGCAGUUAUGGCAGAGCAUAUGACAUCGAAUUCGCAUCAUGAUCCAACAGUCGGCAUGCAUUACAUGUGGAACGGUGGUGUCGAUCAAUGCGGACAACAUGUAAAAGAGAUUGACUACGGUGGCUGGCCAGCACCCAGAAAUCAUAUGACCAUGAAACAAGGCUAUGAGGCCAAAAUGAAUGAUCAUCAUCCAAACAAUUUGCAAAAAGGACACAUUCUUGACGAUGGACGUCUCGAUCAUCAUCAAGCCGGUCAAAAUCAUAUGGCAAUUUAUGGUGCAGCUGGUGCAUUACGAUCAAAUUCGUCAAAUAGUUCAUCGCCGGGUGGUAUCGGUGUGCACAAUGUGGGUAAUUCUGGUUUAGGCCCACCAGGAAUCGGUGGAUUGUCACAUGGUCAUGCAAAUACGCCGGCUGCAUUGCUUGUCGUUCCACAGCCAAUAAAUGCCACGAAAAUUGGUUCAUCGCUUGCAAAUGGGCCAGGCACAGGACGAAGAUCUUACCAGUGCAAGAUGUGUCCUCAGAUUUUCAGCUCAAAAGCCGAUCUACAGUUGCACACACAGAUUCAUAUGCGUGAGGCUAAGCCGUACAAAUGUACACAGUGCUCGAAGGCAUUUGCCAAUUCCAGCUAUUUAUCGCAACAUACUCGCAUUCAUUUGGGCAUUAAACCGUAUCGCUGUGAAAUUUGCCAACGAAAAUUCACACAAUUGUCACACUUGCAACAGCACAUUCGAACUCACACCGGUGAUAAACCAUACAAGUGUCGUCACACCGGAUGCCAAAAAGCAUUUUCACAAUUGUCAAAUUUGCAAUCGCAUUCGCGAUGCCAUCAAACCGAUAAACCGUUCAAAUGCAAUUCAUGCUACAAGUGUUUCGGCGACGAACCAUCACUUCUCGAACACAUUCCAAAACACAAGGAUUCCAAACAUUUGAAGACGCACAUUUGCCAAUAUUGUGGUAAAUCAUACACACAGGAAACGUAUUUAACGAAACACAUGCAAAAGCAUGCCGAACGCACUGACAAACGGCCGCCAAUAUCGGAAAUACAAACAACAACCACAACAAAUACCACCACCAAUUCAAAUAGUGGUAAUAAUCGCAACAAUAACAAUGCAAACAACAAUUUGAAUUUGAAUAAUAAUCCAUUGCCAAGCGUUGCCGAAGCAAAUUCGUAUUGGCCAAAGGUGAGCCCAGAUUCGGCAGCCAGUUUGACCGAUGUCAUGCAACAGCAACAACAACAGCAGCAACAACAACAGCAACAGCAACAACAACAAACACAGAAUCAACUGCAGGCACAACAACAGGCUCAAGCGCACGAGUAUGGCAUGAGUAGCGGUCAUCAGCCAAACGAUUUACAAUCACAUCAUCGAUUGAUUGAAAGUCAUCGUGACGAUGUUGGCGAAGAUUUGGUGGUGAGUCGUCAUUUGGCACAACAACAACAGCCACCAUCAUCGUCGGCCACUCCAGGUCCAUACGAUACAAAAACCAGCACAAAUUCAGCAUUCACACCGAUCAAUUCGAUGACGCCGCAUCUUAAUUCAAUCGGACAUCAUCCGAUGGCACAGCGACCGUAUUUAUAUGAUGCGAUCAGUUUUCCAAACAAAAACGUUAACCAAAAUACAAACUCGUUUCCGAAUCAAUUGAUCUCAUUGCAUCAAAUUCGAAACUACGCCCAUCAACCGAGCGGUUUGAUGUCCGGCGACCAUUUAUUGGGCGUUAGCGUUGGGUCGGGUAAAGACAAAGGAUAACUGUAUUUCUAAAAAUGGAAUCAUUGCCCAUCAACGAUGAUUCCAUUCUGCAGCCAAGAGCAGGCAAAUCACUUUUCACAGCUAUUAACAACAUAAAACAUUGAUGAUGAUAAUUGUGUGUGUUUUUCUUUAGUUUUUAGUUUUUAUUUUGGUUCGUUUGUUUUUCAACUCUGGCCGCGGCACAAGGCGCAUCAUUUUACACACAUUUUCGAUAUUACUUUAUACAUGCGUAUCUAUAUCUAUAUAUAUGUGUAGUUUUUCAAUCGAACAAUCUGUGUCACACAUAAUCACUUUCUGUUUUAAUUUUCUUUAAGGAAUUUAAUGUCAUUCUUUCGUUUUUUGU